GUUAAAACUACACCUCCCAGUGGGAUCUGCUUCUAAAUGUCAGAGGUGGUCUACAUUAAAGUCUACAUGUAGCUGGAAUUAAGUCACAGCUGGAAGACGAGUGUUUAAACGACGCCUGCGUAUUUCACCAGUCUUCAACACAUUUCAAAGCUUCAGCAAAGAUGUCGAUGUCUAGCAGUAACUUGGCAUCUGGAGAUUCAGCACCGUUUAUGAGCAUGCUCAGUGAAGUGUCACGACCUGCAAGGAUCAUACGCCUCCGUGACAUCUACAACCCUCCGCCUUCACCUCAGAGGAAACCGGUGGCAAUAAGACCCCCAAGUCCUCGUUCUCCUCCUCGUCCUGGUCCUCAUCCUUCUGCUCAGACAGUUUGUCUUCCGCGACAGAGUCUCUCCUACGAACCUGAGCCGAGAGCCAUCAUGAGGCGAAGAGCACACUCUCUCCCUUCCUCAGAUAAGACCACGACUCGUAGAUCCUCGCAAGUCCGAUUCAUCGACUGUUUGGGCCUCGAGCUGGAACGUGUAAAGUUUUUUCGGGCCGGCGAAGACCCCAAAGUUCCAGAACAUGUUAUAAACAGGUUACUAGCCAGCUCGGAGCUUGCUUCCGGAAAACAUUUAGAGCUCGUAUUGCCCUUCUUCCAACCGUUUUUCCCUGAGAACAUCAGCAUUGAGCCUGAUUUCCUGGAGCGUUUGUGUCAUCAGCGUGUUUGCCUGGAUCAGGUCCACUGCUCUGAACUGGGCAUCACUGGAACAGUGCAAGUUCUCAACCUGGCUUUUGAGAAACAGGUCAUCAUUCGAUACUCGUUCACAGACUGGAAAAGCAGUGCAGAGUGUAAAGCGUGCUGGGUUUCUUCUGUGCACCGAGAUGAUGUGCAAUCAGAUGUGUUUCACUUUCGCUUACCCGUGCCACCGUUCAUCCUGAAACCAGGAGCCAGUCUGGAGUUCGCUAUCUGUUACCGCGUCCUCGGUUCUGAAUACUGGGACAACAAUGAUGAACAUAACUACAAACUGGCCUGUCAUGCUUACAAGCUAAUCGUGCCAAAGGAGUGUGAGGACAGCAUGGUGCACUUCACCUAAAGCCUUACUCAUAAUGUGUUUAUUUUUUUAUUUUUAUUUUUUUUUACAGAAUUUUGUGUUAUUACUAUUUUGUACAUUUGAAUCUCAAGCUCAAGGUUAAAUCCAGCACUAUGUGCUUUUAUAUCAGGUUCUACAUUUUAGAAGAGAUUUUAAUGCGUGUCACGUUCACUCAGCUGUUUUAACCCUUUCUGUUUACUGCAUGUUGCUGGUCUGACGGAAUGACCACGACUUCCUUUUCCGUUUUUUAGCUGAAUCUGUUGUGUAAUAGUCAUUUCCUCUCUGUGACUUCUUCGCUCAGGAAGAUUUCAGAUUAUCUCAGCUUGCACAAACGCUUCAGGAAUUUAUUCAAGCAUUACUCAAAGUAGAUUUAUAUUUUAUUAUUUCAUAUCUAGUUUACCUCUGGGAACACUGUGUAGAUCAGGGAGCCAACCAGUAGAGCAAAAUUGGCCAUGCUUUGUUGGUGGGUCUGAGAUGAUUUAAAUCUCUCUCACUGAGAUUGAGAAUAUGGGGGAAAAUAAAUGUACCAUGAAAAACCUUAUUAUUGAAAGGUUUCCAAUCAGGGACGAUACCAAAUUUCAAAUUUACCCACAAUGCUCUUGCUUAACGAAAUUUUUUUUUUUGACUUUUCCAAACUCCUGUACUUAUGUAUUUUCACCACAAGGUGGUGCUGUUGUGUAUGUUGGGAACACUAUUAUAUAAAAUAUUUAAUCUAGCACUCACUUCACUUUGUC